CCACACACACGAUAGUAGAAACAAUGAGCUGUCUUCAGAGUGUGUUCCUUCCAUCCUGAUCUUGCCGAUCGCCCAACCAACCAAAGCCCACCAUCUAUCUCUCUCAUAAGUUUCUUGUGUGCUGAGAAGAAAGCGGUACUCUUUGUUUGCUUGUUUAGUUGAUCUCACCCUUGGUUGCCUUCAUAUUUGUUUGCACUGGUGUAGAUUUCAAUGGUUUCUACAAGCUUCCUCUGUUCGGUGUACCUCGAUUUUAUAAUCUUGGAGCACCUCUUUGUAGAAGAAUUGGUUGGGCAACAUUUAAAUUUCGCACCGCCAUCUUCUUGCUCUACUUGUCGUGUGAUGCUUACACUCCUGCUGGUGAACCAAUUCCAACGAACAAGAGGUACAAUGCUGAGAUGAUUUUCAGCCACCCUGAUGUUGUUGCUGAAGAACCCUGGUAUGGUAUUGAGCAAGAGUACACCUUGUUGCAAAAAGAUGUUAAGUAGCCUAUCGGGUGGCCAAAGGGAGGUUAUCCUGGACCUCAGAUAAUGAAAUUGAUACUUUUUUUGAAUAUCAACAAUUUCAUUUUUCUAUUUUGUCUGAGUUAUAAUAUUUAGUGAUCAUGUCCUCCAAUUUUAGAAUUUUCUUGAACCUGGUAGAUGAAUUUUGUCUACUGGUUUAGUCCUUGUGAACUUUUGGAUGCUGACAUGCUUUAGAACCCCUUCUGUGUACCGAAAAGGAUAAAAUUACAUGAUAUUAUGUUAGCUUUUAAUCAUUUUGAGCCACUUGUCCAAUGCUAUUAAAAAACAUAUAUAAAGAAGUCCUCGUUAUGCACCUUUUCUCUUAACCAAAUUUAAUUUGCUGUUUAUCGUGAAGAAUUCAAUAACAUAUAAUAGUAAUUAUUGUAGAUGCUCUGGUGAAUAUUUUUGUGGCUAUUUCUUUUUGCCUAAGACUUAUAGUUGAACCUUUUGUUAUGGCAACUUAGGGACCAUACUACUGUGUUCUAGUGCCGACAAAGCUUUUGGACGUGAUGAUGUUGAUUCACACUACAAGGCUUGCCUUUAUGCCGGGAUUAACAUAAGUGGAAUCAAUGGUGAGGUGAUGCUGGGCCAGGUGGGCAAGCGCAUGACCAGGCCUGAGAUACCGUCUGGCGAGUUUUGGUGUCAGCCAGCCAUCAUGCCUCCCGUGGAGGUUCCUUUUGAGAUCUACCCGAGUUUGUAGUCGUUGGGACUUUUGUAUUUUUGAAAUGUUUUUGUCUGGCCUGAACACGUAGGAAUCUUGUAUAUGUGGCUUGGAUGAUGUAAGGCUACUAUAUUUUAAUGCCUUAUAUGUAUGUAUGCAAAUAUGUAUAUAAAAGUUUCAAAUAUUCUGUCCCAUGUAUGUCUGCACGGUUCUAUGGACUAUGUAACUUUGUAUAUUUGCUUCUACAGCCCCUGUUAUACAUAUUAUUCUGUUCAGAGGCCUUCGGUGAUCCAAGGAUUACUGGCCGGUUACGAUGCUAAACCCUUAGGGGCGGGUUUGGGUCGUGACAGAGUGGUAUCAGAGUAGGUGUUCUAUCGCACACACUGGUCCAUAUGAGCUUAGGACGUCCUAGUAAGAAUUAGGGGCAUUCUCUCUGCAUGUGUGAGUGUGUGGUAAUUCAAAUGGAUAUGAAAACUGAACGUAAACCUGAGCAAAUGAGAUUGAAAGAAAUGAAUGAGAUUAUUCCUAUGUUUACUAUCAUUUGGUGUCUCUAUAGCAACAUGGAGAAUGCAAGGGGAAAUGAUGUAAGUGAAUCCUCAGAGCCUCGCAUGGGCCGGAUGGAACAAAUGCUUGCAGCAUUGACUGAAGCUAUGACACAACAACAAAGACAACAACCUAUACCUCCUCCGCCUCCACCAGUACUAGCCGAACCGGACAAUAAUGACAUCAUCAAUUUGACUCAGAAAUUUAUGAAAAUGAAGACGCCGACCUUCUUCGGUGGUAUUGAACCAUUGAAAGCAAAAACCUGUUUAUUAGAAAUGGAAAAACUAUUUGAAGUAUUUUCUUGUUCUGCAACUCAGAAAGUCCUUUUGGCUAUUUAUACUCUAAAAGAUGAAGCCUGGAGAUGGUGGCUGCUGGUUCGAAAUAACAAUGGAGACAUGACAUGGGCACAAUUCAACGAGAUAUUCUACAACCAAUAUUUUCCCCAAUGCUUCAAGGACCGAAAAGUUUUAGAAUUCCAAGAACUCAAACAAGACAGAAUGUCUGUGGCUGAAUAUGAAGCUAGGUUUACUGAACUAGCUCGUUUUGCUCCGCAUAUGGUAGACACUGAUUACAAGAAAGAGCGAAAUUUUGAGGGAGGACUGGACCUGGAAAUAUUUGAUCGAGUGGGUGUCCUAAAAUUACCUACUUAUGUGGAAGUGCUCAACAGGGCAUUGAUGGCAGAAGCCACAAUAGCAGCUAAGAAACAAACUACAACUCCAAUAACCGAAUGGAGAGGAAAGAGGACUGGAUUUAAUUUCAAGAAAGGCCGGUCAUUUUCGAAGAAGCAAAAUACAGGAUCUUCCAGUAGCUCUAGCCAAAGUAGCGGAUCUACUCCAAACUAUCCCAACUGUGGAAGGAAGCACAUAGGUGCUUGUUAUCGAACAUUAGGUACGUGUUUUCGAUGUGGCAAGACUGGCCACAUGGUGAGGGAUUGCCUGAUGAGAUCCAAUGAGGUUAGCCGUCCUGUGACAAGUUCAACCGAGUCUGUUUCUGCAGCAAGAUCAAAUGCAAGGACCGAUGUUAGGGGUAAUGCAAACAAUGAAACAUUGAAGCAAGGGAGAGUGUUCGCACUAGUGCCCGGAGAGGUACAGAAUACAGAGUCUGUGGUGUCAGGUAUAAUUUCCAUUUGUGCCUAGAAUGCAUAUGUCUUGAUAGAUUCUGGUUCUACGCACUUAUUUGUGUCGCAUGCUUUCUCUCAGAAAUUAACUAGACCGCUUGAACUUAUGCCAUGUAUGUUAUCUGUAUCUACACCGUUUGGAGAAUCUAUGAAAUGUGCUUUUGUUUAUCUGGCAUGUAAUGUUUUGAUUGGUGAUAUGACAUUAUACAUUGACCUGCUGCCUUUGAAUAUAAAUCAUUUUGAUUGCAUCCUGGGCAUGGAUUGGCUGACUAAAUAUUGUGCUACUAUUGAUUGUGUGAAUAAAACCGUCAUAUUUAAACCACCUGGUAUGCCUGAGUUUACUUUUAUUGGGAAUGGGGUAGUUCCUCCGCCAUACUUGAUUUUAUUUAUGAAAGCCAGAAGACUGUUAAGAACGGGGUGUCGGGGCUAUUUGUGUAGUGUGUUGAUUGUGUCUCCGAAUAGUGCCAGUGUAGAAACUAUUCCUGUGGUUUGUGAUUUUCCUGAUGUGUUUCCUAAUAGUCUACCCGGGGAUUUAGUUGAUAGGGAAAUCGAAUUUACUAUUGAUGUGACACCUAGAACACAGCCCAUCUCCAAGACUCUGUAUAGGAUGUCGACUUCUGAACUGAAAGAAUUAAAAGUCCAACUCCAAGAACUCUUAGACAAGAAAUUCAUUCGUUCGAGUACUUCACCUUGGGGUGCUCCAGUGUUAUUUGUCAAAAAGAAGGACGGAUCUUUGAGAUUAUGUAUUGACUAUCGGGAACUGAACAGGGUGACCAUUAAGAAUAAAUAUCCAUUACCCUGAAUAGAUGAUUUGUUUGAUCAACUCCAAGGAGCCAAAGUGUUCUCAAAUAUUGAUCUUAGGUCUGGAUAUCAUCAGUUAAAGGUUAAAGUAGAGGAUGUAGAGAAAACUGCAGUCAGGACUAGACAUGGACAUUAUGAAUUUUUGGUAAUGCCUUUUGGGGUAACAAAUGCGCCUGCAGCUUACAUGGACCUAAUGAAUAGGGUUUUCAAACACUAUCUCGAUGAAUUCAUUGUUGUGUUUAUUGAUGACAUUUUGGUUUAUUCUAAAGACAGAGAAGAACAUGGGAACCAUCUGAGAACUACCUUGCAGAUUUUGAGAGAAAAGAAAUUGUAUGCUAAAUUGUCCAAAUAUGAAUUCUGGCUUGACAGUGUAGCAUUUUUGGGACAUGUAAUCAAUAAG